AUGGCGGGCAUCCUGUUUGAGGAUAUUUUUGAUGUAAAAGACAUUGACCCGGAAGGCAAAAAGUUUGACCGAGUGUCUCGGCUGCAUUGUGAGAGUGAAUCUUUCAAGAUGGACCUCAUCCUUGAUGUAAACAUUCAGAUUUACCCUGUAGACUUGGGUGACAAGUUCCGGUUGGUCAUAGCCAGUACCUUAUAUGAAGAUGGUACUCUGGAUGAUGGUGAAUACAACCCCACAGAUGAUAGGCCUUCCAGGGCUGACCAAUUUGAGUAUGUCAUGUAUGGGAAGGUGUACAGGAUUGAGGGAGACGAAACUUCUACUGAAGCAGCAACACGCCUCUCUGCCUACGUGUCCUAUGGGGGCCUGCUCAUGAGGCUGCAGGGUGAUGCCAACAACCUGCAUGGAUUUGAAGUGGACUCCAGAGUGUAUCUGCUCAUGAAGAAACUGGCCUUCUGA